UAAAACGCCGCAAAUUUGUUUUACCGUGGAUACGUCUUAAAAUAUUUUCCCACCUCGAUUAUAAAUAUUUCUCUUUUUACCUAUCUACAGAGGUUUAGGUAGCUGAAGAGAUACGUUCCGUUUAGCGAGCACAACGCAUAUAGGUACAAGUACUUCGCACAAACUGCUCUCGUUCUUGAUACGGCAGAGCUUUGGGGAAUAUUAUAGCUGAAGCCAGACGGUCGAGCUGAUUACGACGACUAGACUUUAUAAUGCAGAGGGGAAAUAUUUGCAUUGCAAUAUUGCUAUACUUAGGUAAAAUCUUUGUCAGGAAUAAAUGAAUCUAAAGUAGAUCAAUGAAUAGAAUAAAUUAAUGCGUUGCUUUCUCAAUUUACUCACAUUUUUAUAUAGCGUACAAAACUGGUUAAAUUUUUAGGUUUUUCUUGCAAGAUACGAGAGUUGGCACUAUCUUAGUGGCAUUGCAGUGAUAUUGGUUCUUUUUUGUUAAAUGCAGUUUCAUUAAUAGCAUCCAUUAUUCUACCAUCAACAAUAAAUUGAUCAGCAACUAAUGAGAAUCAGGGCGAAGAAGGCUGUCAGUGUGGCUGGCCUGAUGCCCGCUGUCACAGCUCCGCACAAUGGAACGUGUCAAAGCAAAAAGUUAGACAUGAUGUGAAAAUUUUAAAAGCGUAUACUUUCAUGAACACAAAACUUAGAAGCUUGGAGGUAAUUCUAUUGGUUUUCUUGAGGAUUUUCCUCAAGAUGCUAUAUUUAAAAUUUAUAUUGUGAUAAAAUACACAUCAAAAUAUACAGUUUUUAUCGAAAUUGUAUGUCCGACCUCUCUUGAUGACUUGUUUACUGUGCGCCGCUGCGAUUUCUGCCUUAGCAACGAUGAGUCGUGGCCAUUUAAAUUCAAGGUAGGCGAUACACCACCCCUCCUCUUCCUAAACCACUCAUGUUCGCCGGUGUCCACUCCGGUAUAGAGGCGAAUUUUCUCACAAGUUUCUCACGCCUGUCACACCGACACCAGUGAUUUCCUCCCGCUGCCAAUGAAUCCACGGAAAUGAUCCGGUAACUACUCAAAAGAUUUUGCCCGAUCGGCUGUCGACCGUCCGUUGCGUAAAGUUGAGACUUUAAAAACUUUGGAACUAGGCAACCCGCUUGCACGCCAGAGGCAUUCGAAGACCGUUCCAGGGAAAUUUCCAGCAUUCAGCAAAAUUUUUUGAAAAAAAAAUGUACCCUCUUCUCUUGUUUUUCUUCAUAUCCGGUAUAAAGGGUUUAUCAGUGGUCUCAACCGGAAAUGUUCUAUUUGAUAAAGUGGUUGUGCCUGCGGGUUGCGUGAUUCCUCGGGAUGUGGACAAUAUCGCCAGGGCAGCGCUCCUCCAACAAUGUAUCUCCCCUUCCAAAGGAAAAAAGCUUGAUGAGGAAAGAUGCUUUGGAGAGCUGGGAUGUUUUCCGAUGAAAUCGCCGUGGACCAGCAACCUACGACCUUUCCCUCAACCGAUGACUCCUGACGAGAUACAGCCACAAUUGGUCUUCUACUCCAGAGAUAACCCUGAGGUGGGCCAAGUUGUUCAAUUAUGGCCGAACAUCUCAACAAAUGGAUUGAAAUUCGAUCCCAAACGGCCUUAUACCACUUUCAUGACCCAUGGAUUCGCCAGUAACUGUAAUACAACAUGGAUCCAACAUUUGAAAGAUAACUAUUUAAAACAGCGCGACGCAAAUGUUUUCCUUGUUGACUGGAACAAAGGUGCCAACUUACUCAACUAUCUUCAAGUAGCAUCAAACACCCGUGUAGUUGGCGCUGCUGUAAGCCGGUUUGUUAAAUAUCUGAGGGAAGCGAAAGGUGUAAAACCAGGCCAGAUUCAUUUGAUCGGCCACAGUCUUGGAUCUCAUAUUUCUUCCUACGUGGCCAAAUCCAACCCAAAAAUUAGCGUUUUGACAGCGCUUGACCCCGCUCAACCCGGAUUUGAAGGGUCGCCCGCUGCGGUGCGACUGGACAAGAGCGACGCAGAGUUUGUGGAAGUAGUUCACACCAGUGGCCGACCAUUUAUUCCACUCCUUGGGUUCGGAUUCAUUACCACCGUUGGACAUGUUGAUUUCUACUUCAAUGGAGGCGCUCUGCAACCGAAAUGCAAAAUACCACCCUUCGACUCAGUGAACAUUACUUCUAUCUCUGAUUUAGUUUUAGUCCCUGUGGAAGUUUUAUCGGAAUGGGUUGGAUGCUCUCAUAACUUGGCUCAUGAGUAUUACAGCGAGGCAAUUUUGACCGGAAACAAUAACUGCUCGUUUGUAGCCAGGAAAACUGGCGCUGUUGAACACCUGUCGAACACUUUCAGUGCUGGGUACGCUAACAAGUUAACGAACCCAAUUUUAUCAAGGAUUGGAGAUUGCGACGCCGAAAAAUGUUCCAUUUUCGGGCUGGACAUCUAUCGAUACCCAACCAUUGGCAAAUUCACCAUCAACACUAACUCAGAUCCUCCUUUCUGCCUACUUGAAGUUGACCGACAGAAGUCUCUGGCGAAAGCAGUUAGUGAAAGAGAGCAAAACAAAGUAUCCCAGGCGGAUUCAAAAUCUGCAGUCAACCUUACAGAGACCUCAAAAGGAGCACCGAAUGCAACCACCACAGUGAAGUCUAUAUUAUCACCAGUGAAGAAUGUCUUCAGUAAAGUCAAGUCAUUUAUUUAAACCGGUUUAUACUUCCAAAUCUUCGAGAAGAACAUGCAGCCAACUUUCGGUUGAGAUCAUCAAAUUCUGGAAAACAAAUCAAGCGUGUUGUUCAAGAAUGAAAGCAUCUUCAAUUAAUCAUGUAUAAUAUCAGAUUGAGUUGGUUUUUCAACCCUAGGGCAACAUUCAGUUGCUCUUUCAUGUUGAAGAUUUCAAUACUCAAAAUUUGGCAGUUUCAUGCUCAACUUAUUGAAUAGAAUCCGCAGGUGGUCAAUUUUGAGCUCAGCAUCUAUUUAUGCUGGCCAAGUUAUGAUUUUCAUAUUCAAGGGAAAAUUUUGAUUUAUUUGCAUUGAAUUACAGUUGAUGUCAGUAUCAGCCUUUUUAGGUUGUGUAAAGUUUCAUUUCUAAUUGAUAGAAACUUAAUUUCUCCAAGCUGUGAGAAUUUCUACACUCUCUUGUCAUUCAUCUACAGAUACUCAAAACUAUGUUAUUACAUGUUGCCAUUUAAAAAUGUAUUUAUGUAUUUAUCAAUUAAUUUAUGAAUUUUUAGCACGUAUUUGAUUUAAUUUUGCUAUUCUUGUUAUUUCGAGGGUGAAGGGGAGGGGGAGAGGGGCGUGAAAUGAGCGAAGUUCAUGUAUGCAACAAUGCUACAUUGUAAGCAAAAGCGGUGUUCUUAGCUAGGAGUCUUGAUAUACUUACCUUUCUAUCACUAGGUGUAUUAAACUUUUCAAUUAUAUCAAAAGUGGCAACGCUUUAUUUUCGGAAGUGUAUGCAAAAUUAAGGAACAAGCGGAGAAAAAGAGACAUUCGCAAGAGAUAAUUACGAUAAUAAUUUGUGUGAUAAUAAUUUGUGACGAAUGAAACGUGACAAAGAAAAACUCAAAAUUUUUGGCAGAGUGUAUAUCAAAAGUAUACGAUUUUCGGACAAAAUUCAGUGAAUAUGAAGGAUCUAGUGCAUAAACUGUUAUACAUUAAGAAAGUAAAGUAAUUACAGCCAUUUUUGGCAUCCUUGUAAGGCACUGAAUGAUAAAACGAGUACAACGAAGUCAAGGGCAAAAUGAUGAGGAUCUGACUGCUAAAAGCCACCCAUGAAUAUAUUUUCGUAAAAUAGUACAACAUGUUAACUUUAUUCUCGAUGAUCUCAAAAUUACAGAAAGGCACUUAAAAAAAUCAUGGAUCAGAUCCAUCAUAUGUACAUGCUCUAGAAAAGGACUUAGUUAAUAUUUUUUAUGUAACUCAGUAGAUAUAUAAUGAUUUCAGUAAUUCAGAUAAUUCGGUAGAUAGUUUUCUCACUCGAUUUUUCUAAAACUUAAUACGUAAAAUCCGUACUUCAUCCAAACUCUCAAAUUUUGAGUAACGCCAGAAUACACAAUCAAAAGCAUCGGAACAUUCUUGAGGAAUUAUGCCCAAAUUGUGACCUUCUCUCCUCACAAUAAUUGUAUUCUUCCGAAUGACCUUCGGUUUUAGAUUGUUAUGUUAUAUUUAAGUACAAAUCAGCCUGAAGUGACAAUUGUGUUUUUUAUUCAUCAUGUUUUAAAUGUUAACAAUUAAUGAGAUGUGUUGUAGGUAUGUGUGUUGAAACAAAAAAAAAAAUUAAACCUUUAAAUUAAGAUCAAAAGAGAAAUAUACAUAUCUUUUUUCAACUA